GCGACGACUGAAUUCAACCCUCUGGUAUUCCGUUCACCGGCCCCGCAGAGGAGUGGCACGCAUACGCAUAGAACGCUUUCUUUCUCCACCUGACCUCUGCUGAUUGACGCCAGCGUCCUUUUUUCUUACUGCUAUUAUUUGCAACAGCACGCAGACAGACAAGAAGGGUAUCACCCCUCUCGCUCUCUCUCUCUCGGCUGGACAGGCGAUGGACCUUACCAAUCGGCAGUGGCGAGCCCUCGCCCAGGCCUUUCCCUAUUACUUCUCUACGUCACCUGACGGGCUCGACGCACCAGCAGAGGAGGCGAGCGGCGGCAACUCCACCAAACGCGCGGCGUUCACCCAGUACAUCGUACCGCGCGCCAGUAAGGCCUUUCCAAAGGAGGUGGCGGCAUGGGCAGAGGCAUACGCGAAAGGGAAAAACAUGCAGUCGCCGGUGGAUGCGGUAGAGGCGAUAAUGGCUCACUUAUUCGGUCGUGCAGCGCUCUUUGCGACUUCGACGCCUCCUGCAAUGCCCACCUGGGCCGUUGCCCAACUUACGGCACGAGAGUUGCAGCUGCUCGGCCUCUACCAUCGUAAGCAAGAACAGUACGAGUACAUGCACGGCAUCCAGCAGCAACUGCGCGAGGCAUCGCAGGCGGCGGCGCGCAUGUUGCAGACGGCCCUCAGCGCCGUUGCCGCCGGUGGUGUUGAGGAGAGCAGAGACGGUGGCCUGCUCGACUCAACGCGCGAGAGUCUGUUGUGGCUUGGUGGUGCAAGCCAAGGGACCGUCGUCGGCCGCCAUCCACCUUCGCUGGAGGACCUCCUCACCGAUACACGGGCAGCCACGGCAACAGCGACUGGGGGCUUCACAAGCGCGCUGGCCAAUCUCCCGUACACCGCCCCCAAACCAAACAACACGGGCUCUUCGUUUGCGGGCAGCGCGGUGCCGCCGCCGCUCAUCGUGGUGAACCACUGCGCCGGCUGCGGCGAGGUGGACGGUGAUCUUCUCGUGUGCACGCAGUGCGGGGAGGUGCGGCACGAGGCGUGCGGCGGCCCGCAUCCGCCGGAGCGAAGUCGCGUGGAUGGCCGCCUGCCGAGCGUGAACAUGUGCCGCGCGUGUGCGAAAGCGUUAAACCUGUCCAGCAGUUCAUCGAGUCUGCGCAGUUCCACCUCGUCCAGUGAGCGGGCGGAGCUGGAGGACUACUUCGACUCAGAGGAGGAGACGGAUAGCAGCCUCUCUGGGUUUGUGGUGCACAGCAGCGAUGAGGAGGAUGAAGAAGGGGAGGGCGACGCAGCAGGCGCGAGUAGUCGGAGUCGAAGCGACGUCAGCCACGACGACGCUGAUGCAGACGAGGGGGAAGCUCGUCCGGGAAAGACAGCAUCGAACGGCCAUCAACGCCAGACGGGCCACGCACCGGUGACCGACGCCAAGAGACACGACAACGACACGGAGGGGAAAAAGCGCCCCCAGCGCCGCGGUGAGAGCAGCAGCAGCAGCAGCGACGAGGAGGAGGGGUCACCUCGCCGGCGGGACAAGCGUCGCCGCAAAGAAGUGGCAAAGCGCAGCUCCACUGCCUCGAUCGGCGAGGACGCGGCACCGUUGUCAUCCCGCAGUGCCUCACCAUCAAAGAAGCCGCCGCAACAACAGCAACAGUGUAGUGGCAACUCUCCGCCUGACCGCACGCGUGCUCCGUCGGCAACGAAUAAACCUCCUGUAAGUGAUGCAAGGAAAAAGAAACGCGCGGAGAGCGCAACACCGCUCUCUUCGCAGGAAAGGCGGCGCGCACAGGACGAACAAGACGAGCUCACCACGUUGGGCAUCCGCCCUGACGCAAUGCCUUCCAAGAGAGUGAAUGCAACUGUAACCAAGAAGAGCAACAGCUCCCACUCGACGGCGAACGCGCCUCAUGCAUCUUCGCAACCGCCGCAGCGGCAGCCUGCGGUGGGAGCCAAGAAGAGCGGCCGUCGCAGCGUGGUGAACGCUGCAUCUUCCUCUUCCUCCUCCAGCAGCGAUAGUGACUGA